AGUUCUAACCGCUGAGUUGACACUGAUGUUCUUUUUAUUCUGAUUCUUUUUUUUUUUUUGAAAUUUUGUUUUUCUUGAAAAGAAUUUUUUUUGAAUUUUUGUGAAAUUUAUGUUCAUCACAUAGUUUUUUGAACUCAUCAUAGUAGACGCUACGAAAUUUUUGUCCAAGUUUCUUCUUGCCGCACAUGAAGCAGAAGCGCAGAGGCUUCCCCUCCUCCCUUCCUUUCUCAAUGACACGCGGGCCCCGCUUACAAGUUCAACAACUUCCCCGUGAGCACGCGCAUCUCGAGGACGGCCCAUAUAAGUCCCAGCCCACCUCCUCCCCCUUCUUCUUCUCCCCCACGCUGAAGACGACGCCAUCCCUCGCCAGCUCGCCUCCUCCACUCCUCCCAAACCCCUCGCCGACUCAGAUUCCGCUGCCCCGCGCCGCCGCCGCCGCCAUGCCGUUCACCCCGGGCCCCUACUCCGGCGUCAGCACCCUCGCUCUCGUGGCGAGGGCGUCGGCCUUCGGCGUCGGCGUCGUCUACGGGAGCAUCAAGCUCUCCAUCCUCAAGGCGACAAAACCUAAAAAGGAGGAAGCACAUGCCCAUCACUAAGGAUGGCAGGGAUGCAAUGUGUUACCUGCAGUUCAAGGAUGUCAUAAAUUGGCAGUGUACCCCUUCUUCAUACGUGCAUUUGGGUUUAUGAUUUGUGGACCUCUUGUCUGUAACACACCUGCUGAGUUACCUUAGUUUUGCGUCGUAAUAAGUUCUUGAUCCCAUGACUUGAAAUGAGGUAUUAAAGGCAAAAGCUGAAAAGAACCCUUUAGUUCUUGAUCCCAUGACUUGAAAUGAGGAAGUGAAUGGCGAAAGCUGAAAAGAACCCUUUUUUUGCCAACGAUUUUGAAGUUCAGCAAUUAUAUAUGGUGAAGUUUUGCA